GAUAGGAAGCUUAAAAAAGUACCAAAAAACUCAAUCUAUCACAUCCCGAAACGUAUCCCCUGUUGAAAAACCCAGCACCCAACUCCAUAAAGGUGAACCCUUUAGCUAAAUCUAAGAUAAGGAAAAACCCAGCAAAAAAGUAUGAACAGAGAAAACAUGGAGUGGUGCGUUUCGAUGCCAAAGGUUGAACUUCAUGCUCACCUCAAUGGUUCAGUUAGAAACUCUACUCUAUUUGAACUUGCUAGAGCUUUAGGUGAGAAGGGUGUCAUUGUUUUCUCAGAUGUGGAGAAUGUUAUAAUGAAAGAUGACCGUACUCUACAUGAAGUGCUCAAGCUGUUUGACCUCAUCCACAUUCUCACUACCGAUCACUCGACCAUUACAAGGAUUACAAAAGAAGUCAUUGAGGAUUUUGCUUCCGAGAAUGUUGUAUACCUCGAGCUUAGAACAACUCCUAAGAGAAAUGGUUCUAUAGGAAUGAGUAAACGCUCGUAUAUGGAUGCCGUGAUGGAGGGUUUAAGAGCUGUCAAUUCAGUUGAUGUUGAUUAUUGUCCUACUGGAUUGAAGAACGAUACAGUUAAUGGAACUGCACGAAAGAAGAUAUAUGUUAGGUUUCUUCUCAGCAUCGACCGACGUGAGAGCACCGAAGCUGCCAUGGAAACCGUUAAGCUUGCACUGGAAAUGAGGGAUUUAGGGGUAGUCGGCAUUGAUCUCUCCGGAAAUCCAAUUGUUGGCAAUUGGGGUACGUUCUUGCCUGCGUUAAAGUUUGCUAGGGAGCAGGGGCUCUAUAUCACUCUUCACUGCGGAGAGGUACCUAACCAAGAGGAAAUCAAAGCAAUGAUAGAGUUUCUUCCACAGAGGAUCGGUCAUGCUUGUUGCUUCGACAAGGAAAACUGGAAAAAGUUAAAAACAGCAAAAAUCCCCGUUGAGAUUUGUUUGACAUCCAAUAUCAGGACGGAAACGAUUUCUUCAAUAGAUAUUCAUCAUUUUGUUGAUCUAUACAAGGAAAAACAUCCUUUGGCUCUCUGCACAGACGAUUCCGGGGUUUUUUCCACCAGUCUUUCCGGGGAGUACGGUCUUGCGUCCUCUGCAUUCAGUCUUGGAAAGACCGAAAUGUUUCAGCUUGCUGAAAAUGCUAUUGAUUUCAUAUUUUCUGAUGAUGGAGUAAAGGCAAAUUUAAGAGCAACAUUCAAAGCAUCCGUCGAGAAGCUGGAUUUAUGAGUCGGUAUCGAUAUCAUAAGCAUAAUUGCACUUCCUACUGAAUAUACUUUAUAGGGCAGUGGUAACAUUAUUGAUCCAAUUUCAGUUGCAAGCAAGUUGAGACCAUGCUAUAUCAUAUCAUUUAUAUUUGACUUUUGUUGAUUUUCUUAGGCUGGAUUUCAUCCUAUUAAGUUAUUAUGUUUGACAUGAAUCAUCUCUCUUUUUUUUUUUUUUUAGUAUCUUCCAUGGUUGGAGCUUGUGACUAUCCCUGCUGAUAAUGUGUUCUUUCUUUCGGACUACUUGUGUCUUAUUUGGUAACCAACUCUUGUCGCUGACGUGACUCGGUACCCAAUGUCACCUACCCCUUGACUUUGCUUUCUAUUAUUGUUGAGAUUCGAGUUGCAGGCCAGUUUCAGCUUCAGGUCUUAUGUAUGUCUCUUAUUGAAAUAGUAGAAUGUUGAAGAUGGGCAUUUGGGCAAAAGGGUUUAUGCCUAUUGAAGGCAUACAUAAAGUACAAGAUGUUAUAUUGAAGGCAAAUAUCGAGAU